GUUUCAGUUUCACCCUAAACCCCAACCCCAAUUAAGAGCUUCCUAUCCCUGUUGUUGUCGACCGUCGCUCCUUCCUACCUCCACCACUCUGAGUCUCUGCCCUUUGCCCUCCGCCCUCUGAUUAAUAAAAUUAAUUUCCUAGUAGAAUAAGAUUAAGAAUAAUAACAAGGAAGGAUAGGAUGGAGGGCGAAGGAGCAUUGUCGCCGCCGUCUUCGUCGGAGAACAGGAAAGAAGAAGAGCAGCAGGGAGCGUCGUACACCUAUUGGGUGAGGCAAGUGACGGAGGAUGCGGCGCCUCUGCCUGUUCCUCGAAAGCUCUCACCUCAGGACAUUACCUCCGCCCAGUCCCACCCUUCCAACCUCGGUUCUCUCUGGAAUCGGGCUGGAACUUGGGAGGAGAAGAAUGUGAAUAAAUGGGCAACCGAUAGAAUAAGGGAGUUGAUUGCAUCGGUGGGUUCCUUGGAGUUCUCAGGUGGUAUAGCAGAAAUAUCACAUGUCUCUAAAUGUGUAGGAGAUGCAUUCUUGGUGACGGUGCGAAACAAGAAACGUGUUGGCUACACCUAUGAACUAACCUUGAAAGUCAAAGGGGAGUGGGUAAUUGAGGAGGAGAAAAAGAUGAUCAAGGGCCAGAUAGAUAUCCCAGAGUUCUCGUUUGGGGAGCUAGAUGACUUGCAGAUGGAGGUGAAAUUGAGUGAAGAGAAGGAUCUUCUACAUCAAGAUAAGUUACGUGUUAGCCAGGAUUUGAAGCUAUUUUUGCAGCCUGUUCGUGAGAAAUUGCUUCAAUUUGAACAGGAACUCAAAGAAAUUUAGAAGAGUGGCAGCUUCAGUUCUGUUAAGGGCAAGAACCAAGGUUCUUAUCUGUACUUUGAUUUCAUAUUUAACUGGAAACUAUUAUUUCCAAUGCAUGUAAUGAAGAGUUGAGAUGGAGGCAAAAGCUUUUUCCAUCAAGGGUUAGAACUUUUAACACCGUUAUGUUUGUUUACAAGUGGACUCGGUGAGUGUAUUGAAUUAUGCACUAGUAAGCAUCAACUGUGACACUGAACAUCUGUUCGUUGUGUUUUAAAUUGUGGAUUUUAGUGUAAAAUGCUCAAUUUGAUUUUAA